CUGCUGGAGUGAGUCCAGGGAUGUUGCGGCUUGUCUGGCUGCCGGAGUGCCUCCGCGCAAAGAGGGGCUGCGCCCUCCACAUCUGCUGAGCAGGAGAGUUUGCCGACCUUAUAAUUGCGCUCUCACCGGGGGAAUAACCCGCUAUGGAUCACUCCUGGGACAUUUGAGUGUCUCCUGUGGCGAUAUCGCUCUCUGCUGGGACUGUGGGGGUGCAUACUCUUCCUCCUUCCCAGCCUGCAAGAUGGGGAAUAGUUUCUCCAAUUUGGGUGCCUUCCAGUCCUUGCACAUAGUCAUGCUCGGCUUGGACUCUGCGGGCAAAACCACCGUGCUGUACCGGCUGAAAUUUAACGAGUUCGUCAACACGGUGCCCACCAUCGGCUUCAACACGGAGAGGAUCCGGCUGGGCGGCGCGGGGGCCUCCAGGGGCAUCAGCUGUCACUUCUGGGACGUCGGGGGCCAGGAGAAGUUGCGGCCCCUGUGGAAGCCCUACAGCCGCUGCACGGACGGCAUCGUGUACGUGGUGGACUCGGUGGACGCCGAGAGGCUGGAGGAGGCCCGGACCGAGCUGCACAAGAUCACCCGGUUCGCGGAGAACCAGGGGACCCCGCUGCUGGUCAUCGCCAACAAGCAGGACCUGCCCCGGGCGCUGGAUGUCGGGGAGAUCGAGAGGCAGCUCGCCCUGGCUGAGCUGAGCCCCUCCACCCCGUACCACGUCCAACCGGCCUGCGCCAUCAUAGGAGAGGGGCUGGAUGAGGGCAUGGACAAGCUGUAUGAGAUGAUAGUGAAGAGGAGGAAGUCACUGAAGCAGAAGAAGAAGAGGCAGUGAUGGCAGUUUUUGUGCUGGAUGAUGAAAAGGAAACUAUGAUAGAUUCUAACUAUAUAAAUAUAACAGGAUGGAUCCAAGAGGGAUUUUACAGUGAUACAUAGCAGAUUCAAACUCCAUGAAGCAUAAAUAUCAUUACUGAUCCCCACAGAAACAUCCCAAGUCUCCAUAUAUGACGGGAAUAUAUUUAUAGUGAUGCUACAUGAGCUAAAAAAUACCAAUAUUGUCACUUUAAACUCAUUAGGAACUAGAGCAUUGAAUGUUAAAGAGAGGCGUAAUGAAGGGAAAGCUGCCUAAACUCAACGUUUUUAUUUGCAGAGCAACAACUAGAUAAUAAUAAUAAUAACAAUAAUAAUUAUAAUAAUAAUAAUAAAAAUGAAUGACACAAAUUCACAAAACAAUUAUAAUAAUUACAAAUUUAUUGGAAAGUACAGGCAGACAGUUCCUCUCCCUGUGAGUAAGUCCCUGAUAUUAUUAGGACUGUUUCAUUAGGGAUGUCUACAUUAUAGCCGAGAUGUUUUAUAAAGUGUUUGGAUACUGGCAGAGCUCCAUGUUGCUGCUGUGUUGCACAGACUGUAGUAAAUGUGAUUAUGGAUGCACUGGUGCGCAGUCUGGUGUUCAGAGCUGUGAAAUGGUGUUACACCAAAGAUGAUUCCCCCGAGAAGACCAAACUGACUCUUCCAUCCUCCGUUGAUUUGUUAUUUUCAACCCUCCCAGCCACUUUGAGGUGUAGAUGGAAAUCUGAAAUGAUUGGCUGGAGUAAGAGACCAUAACUUUAAGGUUCUGGAGGGCACUCAGUCUAAAUGGUAAAAGUUCAGUUUACUAAUAAUACUUCCAGGAAUUUGCGAUGUUGCAACAAUUAACACAAAUGUAACGAAUCUCUGUGAAUUCUGUGCGGCAUUGCACAACUUUUCAACCAAUCAUUGGAGUUUCCUGCACAGACGUCAACAAAACUCACUUCCUUGUUUCUUGUUGUGACGAUGCAGACGUGUACGACAUGCCUAAAACAUUGCUGCAGUGAAAUCAGGUAUUUUAGGCCGCAACUAUCUCCCAAAAAAAGUGUGCCAAAUCCUGGAGGGGAUAAUGUAAUAAGGUCACUAAAGUUAUAGGAAUAUUUUUCAGUAUCCAACCUUUGUAGCAUUGUGCCUCAAGCUGGAGGGAUAAAAAGGGCUCAGUGUUUGUUGCUCGCAGGUAAAGACAAUUGUGAGGCUGUUUUUUUUUUUUUUAAUGUCUCAUAUGUUGCAUGUGGCAUCGAUACUGCCUUUAUGGAAACAAGCAAGAAAUUAGCAAAACUGUUGUGGUUUAAGAUCAUAAAAUUCCCCCAUUGACCCCAUGCUCAUUUUGCACUUUGAGACAUUUUCUGAGUGGCGUCUCAGUUAUACCUCCUCCGGAAGCCAUAUUGGAAGUCUUGAGCUCAGUAGAUGUCUGAUUUUCACUCUUCACCUCGGAUCGACAACAAACUUUUUCUGCUUUACAUGGACAUGUAGCUCUCUGUUUUGAGCCUGGGUGCAGCGUUAUCACCUUUCUUCCAAGAAAAGAAACGAGUAGUUGCUGAAUAGACACCAUGUGUUAAUUUAUAGCUGCAUAAACAGAAUUUGCUAGAGCUACUAAGAACUUACAGAUCUCCAGCUGCAGUGAUUUGCUGCCAAAUGCGUACAGUGCGCACAUUAAUACUUUUCCAGUAGCCAGAAAAAAAUGCUAGAUUUGUUGCUAGUUGCCUCUUUUAGAUACAGGGAUCUCGAAACACAGAUAAAUGUAGCAAUGUUUAUGUUAUUUGUGCACCAUGCAGAUUCCCACAAAUAUAGAUGUGAGAUUAGUGGCUGCAAAGCAUUAAAGAGACUUUUUCUUUUUCAUACACAUUGUAGCAGCAUUCAAACUUACUUUAUUUUUAAAGGUCCAGAGUGUAACAUUUAUGUUUUCAUUAGUGUAAAAUUACCUGAAUAUAAGAAUCGUUGUGUUUUCGUCACCUUAGUUUCUGCAAGUCACAAUAAUCAGUUCAAUCUGAAACCUCACCACUAGAUGUCACUAAAUCCUACACACUGUUCCUUUGAACAACAGUCACAUUUUAUAUUAUAUUUAAUGACUACAAAACAGGAAAGUUAUCAAACUAAUUUAUGAAACUACCACCAUAUAUUGCUAGAGACGAUCCAGUAUAGUUUUUUCCUUCCCGAUACCGAUAUUGAUGAACUGAAUUUUGUGUAUUGGCUGAUACCUAAGUACCAAUCCGAUACAUAAGUGUUAAAAUAUAUAUAUAUAUAUAUAUAUAUUAUUAUUUUUAGGAGCAUGUACUACUAAACCUGUAUGAUUGCUAUUGUUGCUGUAUGGCCUGGCUCAGGUUAAACCCUUUGUCAGAAUAAGUUAGUUCAUGACUUCACUAACCUGGGGGGAAAGAGUUGCCUUUUUCUGAGCUAAUAAGUGUCAUUGUAUCGGAUCAAUGCAUUAUUGAAGGAAUAUCGGAACAACUAUUUGCAUUGCACUGUUACAACUUACAACAAAACAAUAUGUAGUCAUCAGUGUAGAGUAAUUUUGGGCACAAGACUCAAUAAAUCAGAUCAGCAUCCUUACAAGUUCUCCAAAAUAAAUAGUAGUUUCUGUGUCAGCUAUUCCUCAGAGUUGUUGAGAAAGUGUUAUGAGUGCUUCCCACACGGAGUCGACCUGCUGGCAGUGACAGAAAGAGCAAAGUGUCUUUCUGUAACAAUGAUGUAGUGAAACAAACCGACGGGCUGGAACCUGUUAAGAUGCUUCUUAUUGAAGGAUAUGUAAUUAUAAUUGUUUCCACUAGUUGAAUGAUAAACCAAAACAUGCUCUGUUGGGGAGGUUUUCUAAUCAAAUAAUAAUAAGUACCAAAUCAGUUCCCAUCCUUGAUAAUGUUCCACCCACAUUGAUUGACAGCUUACAGAAUAGUUCAUAAAAAGUCACUGAAAUGAGCAUUUUGUCUAAACUAAUAGAGGACUGUUGAAUGUCUCACAUGGACUGUUGUCUAAUGCCGCGUUCACGUCUAAACAGAAGAAGAAAUUUUGUCGAUGGCUUUAAGGAUUUUAAAUUAUAAGCUGCAGCAUGUUGCUCGUUUCAAAGCAGAGCUGAUUGUGUUUUGAAAGUAAUUUAAUCAUUUAGUAUCUUGUUGAAUGUUACAAGAAUCCCCACAUGUCGUACUCAUAAUAACCACCAGGGGGCAGACAUGAAAGUUUUUUAUUUUCUUUUUGCAGCUCAAAUAUUAUAUUUCCGACAUAGAUACGACGUGAACGUGGCGUCCUUUUUCCUGCAGUAUUCAGUCAAGCUGUGUUCAACAUUGCAUGACAGCCACUACUUCAGACAAUGUAAAUUAUACAGUAUAGCGAUACAGCCAAGAUACAGAAAGACCAAACAAUGUAUUACAUGCCAAAAUGGGAAAAAAGAAAAAAAGUAUUUUUGGGAUUAAACUCUUUGUAAUUGAA